AUGGAACCCUUCGGCCUCAUCAUCCUCAUCCUCCUCCUGCUGCCCCCCGGCCACCCCCACCCCGGUCGGAUUUUGGGGGGCUCCGAGUGCCCCCCCCAGGAGCACGCGGGGCUCGUGCGGCUUUUCCAGUUCGACCAGUUCGUGUGCGGGGGGGCCCUGCUGAGCCCCCGGUGGGUGCUGAGCGCGGCCCACUGCCAGGCCAGCCACCUGCAGGUGCGCGCCGGCGAGCACAGCCUGGCCCAGCCCAGCGGCCACGUCCAAUUCGCCGCCGCCGUGGAGCUCGUGGUGCACCCGGACUUCGGCAAGGCCGCGGCAAACCCCGCCAAUUCCCGCGCUUCCGGGAAAACCGGGAAUUUUUCCGGGAACCCCGGGGGUGUUUCCGGGAAUCCCGGGAGCGCCGAGGAAUUUUUUGGGAAUUUUUUGCGGGAAGUUUCCGAGGAUUCGGGCCGAUCCCACGACCUGAUGCUGCUGAGGGUGGAGCCGCCCUUCAGCUGCGGGCCCCGCGUGAGGCCCCUCCCCCUGGGCCAGGCCACGCCCACCCCCGGCUCCGCCUGCACCGUCAUGGGCUGGGGCAGCACCAGCAGCCCCGAAGAGUCGUACCCGGAUGUCCCCCAGUGCCUCAAUGUCACCGUGCUCGGGGACAGCGCCUGCAGUGACGCCUACGGGGCGCAGGUGACACCGGACAUGCUGUGCGCAGGCGUGCCCGAGGGCGGCAGGGACUCCUGCCAGGGUGACUCCGGGGGGCCGCUGCUGUGCCGGGGCCGCCUCCAGGCCGUGGUGUCCUGGGGGGGUCACCCCUGUGGUCAGCCCGGCCGGCCGGGGGUCUACGCCCGCGUCCAGCCCGCCCUGGCCUGGAUCCGAGAGGUCACCGGGCUGACCUCUGACCCCGAGUGUGACCCCGAGUGACCCCGAGUGACCGCUGACCC